UGAAGAGAUCUUUAGUUAACGAAAACUAAAACAUAAAAAGAUGUUCAAACUCGUUAUCCUUUCGUUGUUCUCGGCCGUUUUGGCAAGAAAUAUCUACUGGCAGCACGAGAGAGACUUCCAAGAAGUUCUUGACGUGGAAGUCGAAUGGAUGAAAUUUAAAUCAUUACACAACAAAGUUUAUGCCAACGAAGAAGAAGAAGAUUUGAGAAAAAGGAUUUUUGGUAUGAACCACAGGUUCAUAAUCGACCACAACCAACUUCACGAAAAAGGUGAAAGGUCAUUCACUGUUGGGAUCAAUCAAUUUGCUGACAUGACUGUUCACGAGUUCAAAGAGACGAUGAACGGACUGAAAAUAAAUUCUGAGAGGGUCAGAGGGUCAACAUACUUGUCACCCAACAUCAACAUGACCUUGCCCACUGAGAUCGACUGGAGAAAAAAGGGACUCGUCACGCAAGUCAAAAAUCAGGGUCACUGUGGAUCAUGCUGGGCUUUCAGUGCCACCGGUUCAUUGGAAGGUCAACACAUGAGGAAGACAGGAGAGUUGGUCGAACUCAGUGAGCAGAACCUUGUCGACUGCUCUUUUAAUUAUGAUAACAACGGUUGCAAUGGUGGUCUCAUGGACAAUGCUUUCAAAUACAUCAAAGCUAACAAAGGCAUUGACACUGAAACAGCUUACCCAUACGAGGCUAAAAGUGGAGAAUGUAGGUUCAAUGAGAACAAAAUUGGAGCCACCGUGACAGGAUUUGUUGACAUUUCUAAAGGCAGUGAAGAAAAAUUGCAGGAAGUUUUGGCCACAGUUGGACCUGUGUCUGUUGCCAUCGAUGCUGGCCACGAAUCGUUCAUGUUCUACAAAUCAGGUGUAUAUGAUGAGCCAGAAUGCGAUGGUGAACAGUUGGACCAUGGUGUGCUUGCUGUUGGCUACGGAAGGAUCGAAGGAAAGGAUUAUUACAUCGUCAAAAACAGCUGGGCUACAUCAUGGGGUGACAAAGGCUACGUAUACAUGAGCAGGAACAAGAAGAACCAAUGUGGAAUUGCCAACAUGGCCAGUUACCCUCUCGUCUAACAAAACACGCCUGCUUUUGAAACGUUCAUUUUACCCGUGUAAUUAUUUUUCCAACAAACUUGUACUGAUUUCGUAUUCAAAACUAUGUUUAUAACAACUGUCAUAAGAGAUUUAAAAUUUUAUUAUUUGAUUCAAAAUUUAGUCAUGAUUGUUUUGCAGAGGGUUUUUAUUAAUAAUUUUGUUAUGAUCGCAUUGUGUUUUUUGAAAUAGUCCAUUUAGAUAAAGCGCAUCACUUUACUAAUUUGAUCACCUUUAAAUUUCUUAUCAUUUUAAAAUUUGAUAGCUUGGCUAAUUCAUGAGGUGACAAGGCAAAAAAAAAUCUAAUUUUAAUUCUAGUAAUUUAAUCAAUCCAAAACUAA